AAUGUCGGCUGGAGGGGCCUGACUGCGCUUGCGUCUUGCCAGCACUGGGGUCACAUAGGAGCGCGCGCUUGAGUUGUUUUGGCGCCAGGUGAAAAGCGGGAGCGGUUGGCAGAAAAUUUUAAAGUCGUUCAGAACCGAAGCCGGAUCAAAGGAUGGCGAUUCGAUUGUCGGAGGGGGCUAUUUCGUCAAUAGUUCAAGGAGGAACACCUUCACAGCCACUUUUACAAGUUAUUAGUAUCCGACGCAUUACAAAUGGCCCCCCAAGGUAUCGCGUGCUGAUGAGUGAUGGAAUCCAUACACUGUCCUCUUUCCUGCUUGCAACUCAGCUGAAUUACAUGGGAGAUGAGGGUCUUAUUGCAGUAAACUGUGUCUGCCAGAUCAACCGGUUCAUCUGUAAUACAAUGAAGGAUGGAAGGCGUGCUGUCGUGAUUGUUGACUUAAAAGUUGUCAAACCAGCCGAUCAGGUGAAUGGGAGAAUUGGUAAUCCAGUGCCAAUCAAUGAAGGUCAGGCACAGCAAUCAGCUGCUCUUGCCAAUCAGUCAGCAACCAAACCAAUGCAAAAUGGCUAUGCAUCUGAUACUGCUUCAGUACACAGCACCCUAGCAAAAUCUGAAAGCAUGAUAUCAAGCAAGCCGAGUGGUAUCAGGGGACCACCCAGCAGCUCUGCAGGAUCGCAGACCAAAGUGGUGCCCAUUGCUUGCCUUAACCCCUACCAGUCAAAGUGGACAAUUCGGGCUCGUGUUACCAAUAAGAGUCAAAUUAGAACGUGGAGCAACUCCCGUGGAGAGGGAAAGCUAUUUUCCAUUGAGCUGCUGGAUGAAAGUGGUGAAAUUAGAGCCACAGCUUUCACUGAGCAGGUGGAUAAGUACUUCCCACUUAUUGAAGUGAAUAAGGUAUAUUAUGUGUCAAAAGGAACAUUGAAGACAGCCAAUAAACAGUAUACAUCUGUGAAGAAUGAUUAUGAAAUGACUUUUACUAAUGAGACCACUGUGAUCCCUUGUGAUGACUCAGAUGAUUUGCCAACAGUCCAAUUUGAGUUUGUACCAAUAGAUCAGCUGGAAAAUAAAAACAAGGAUACAAUGCUUGAUGUAAUUGGAGUCUGCAAGUCAUUUGAAGAUGUCACUAAGAUAACAGUGAAGUCAAACAAUCGAGAAGUAUCCAAGAGGAAUGUUUAUUUGUUGGAUAUGAGUGGAAAAAUUGUCUCUACUACGCUGUGGGGUGAGGAUGCUGAGAAGUUUGAUGGAUCACAGCAGCCGGUGGUGGCUAUAAAAGGAGCCCGACUUUCAGAUUUUGGUGGCCGAUCCCUAUCUGUUUUGUCAUCCAGCAUGGUCUUGAUUAACCCUGAUAUUCCAGAGGCUUUUAAGCUGAGGGCAUGGUUUGAUACAGAUGGCCAAAUAAUGGAAGGGACAUCCAUUUCAGAUGUAAAGGGUAGUUCGUUUGGUGGAGGCAAUACCAACUGGAAGAUGUUGCUUGAAGUAAAAAAUGAGAACUUGGGUCAUGGAGAUAAGGCUGAUUAUUAUACCACUGUAGGUACAAUUGUGUAUUUGAAGAAGGAAAACUGUAUGUACCAGGCAUGUCCCACUCCAGAGUGUAACAAGAAGGUUGUGGAUCAACAGAAUGGUCUUUAUAGGUGUGAGAAAUGUGAUCGUGAAUUUCCCAACUUCAAAUAUCGUAUGAUUUUGUCAAUAAAUCUGGCAGAUUUUGGAGAAAACCAAUGGGUCACAUGUUUCCAGGAGACAGCAGAGGCAAUUCUUGGUCAGAAUGCUACUUAUCUUGGAGAACUAAAGGAAUCAAAUGAACAAGCCUUUGAAGAAAUAUUCCAGAAUGCAAAUUUUCGGUCAUACACCUGCAGGAUCCGUGUCAAACUUGAAACUUACAAUGAUGAAUCUCGCAUCAAAGCGACAAUGAUGGAUGUGAAACCAGUGGACCAUAAGGAGUACAGCAAGAGACUGAUAAUGAAUAUUAGGAAACAUGCAGCUACACAAGCUUACUGAAUACUGAGUAGAGGGAAGAAUGAGUACAACACAAUUGGAAGAAGCUGGAUGGUCGGGAUCCUCAAUUAAAAACACUUGUACUUUGAAAACAUAAGGCUUUUUAAAUGUUGAAUUCUGAUCAACAUGGAUAAUGAGAUUGAGAAUAUAUCUGUAAAUAGGCUUUCUUGCCAAGGUAUGGGUUUACUUGUGUGAAGUAACAUUGUAAAUCAUUGGGUGGACUGCAAAACCAGUUUUCUUUUUCUUUAUUUCUGCCCCCCCCCUUCAUAUUUACAUAACUUACUUCAGUGCUUCAUUCUAAUAAACACUGACAAAAAGCUUAUGAGACUUUAGUGUAUCUGUUAGAAUGAUUCUGUAUCAAAAUGACAAUGUAGUGAUGAAAACUCUCCGUUCAAUCUAACAGCCUAUUUUUAAUACUUGCAGUUGAUUUCCUCUGGCAUUGCUUAUAGAGCGAAAUAAAUUAUUUUCUGUCUUUGU